UUAGUGAACAUAAAUAAUAAAAAAAAACUUCUUCAGUAAAUUUCUUGUUGGAAACUGGCCCAACUGUUUAAAAAAAUACCAAUAAUUUGUGAAAAAUAUUAUAAAAUAUUAAAAAAAUGGCCGCAAAAGUAGCUUCAGGCAAUAAUAAAGUAUUCCAAAAUCACGAUGACGUUCAUAUAUCCUUUGAGGACCAACAGAAAAUCAAUCGUUUUGCCAAACACAAUGCUCGCAUGGAUGAUUUGAAAGUGGAAUUGGAUAUGAAAAAGAAUGAUUUAAAAAGUGUGGAAGAAGCUUUAGAUGAAAUUGAAUUGUUUGAUGAAGAAGAAGAUAUUCCCUUCUUGAUUGGUGAAGUUUUCCUAUCGCACAAAUUGUCCAGAACACAGGAACUUUUACAAGAAGCCAAAGAACAGACUCUCAAAGAAAUUGCCAGUAUUGAGGCUAAAGCUAAUGACAUUAAAUCCGAAAUGAAUGAAUUGAAGGCUCAACUUUAUCAACGUUUUGGCAGUAACAUCUCAUUGGAAAGUGAUGAUUAGAUAUUUAUUUCAUAAACAAUAAAAAAAACAGAACAAAGUAUCUUUA